AUGGCUGAUCCGCUGAAACCACGACGGUGGGGGGUUAAUGCUGGGACUUUGGAUUUAACCAAUGGCUCAUUCACUCCAACGGAUUCUGGAGGUGAGGCACGGAAGGUCAUAAGGGGCGAAACUGUGGAACAGGACAAGAGUGAUCGGAGCGAUGGCGUUGCGGCUGCAACCGUUCAAGCGACAUUGCCUUCAUGGGCGAAUAUUGGCAUGGUGGUGGCGUUGAUAUUUGGUGGAUGCUGUUCGAAUGUAUUCGCUUUGGAAGCUAUUAUCAAUGACAAUCCGGAUUUUGGUGCCCUCAUUACGUUAACGCAAUUCAUCUUCACCUCGCUCUUCACCCUUCCUCAUCUCCUCUCAUUCUCUGCGGGCCCACGGGCGUUUUUCCUCGCACCCAGGGCAAUUCCCUUAAAGUCGUGGAUGAUAUACACGUCAUUCUACCUCACAGUAAACGUCCUCAACAACAUUGCCUUUGCCUUCAAAAUCUCCGUACCACUUCACAUCAUUAUUCGUAGUGGUGGUCCCGUGGCCUCCAUUAUCAUUGGUCACUUUUAUAGUUCCAAGAGCUACACACGGACUCAGGUCCUGGCAGUGCUCCUUCUUACCGCUGGCGUCGUGGGAGCUGCUCUGGCCGAUGCCAGUGCCAAAGGAAAAUCCAUGGAUAUGGGGUUCAGCGCAAGAGAGAAAGAUCUGCCGUCCUUUUUCACGUCGUUAGUCGCGUUUACCCUCCUUGGAGUUGCGAUGGUCCUCGGGGCGUUCCAAGGCGUUUACGCAGACCACUUGUAUGAAUCUCAUGGUCGCAACCACUGGCGUGAAGCCCUCUUCUAUGCGCAUACUCUUUCCCUGCCAUUCUUCAUUCCUUCCUAUUCAAAACUUCUCACUCAAUUGAAGUCACUAUUUGCCUCUCCGUCCGUUUUGUCUCUUCUCUCCACACCACCCGUCAUCUCAAACACCACCUCCAGAGUUUUAGGACAACAGUCCUCUAGUACAACAACAGCUACACCUUCCUGCUUCUCCUCUGUCUAUAGCUUUCUAAACUCGUCAAUUUCCCAUCUCCCCGCACAUUCGCUCUUCUUCCAGGUCCUUUCAAAAACACCCAUAAAGAUCCUAUAUCUAAUCCUUAACGGCCUAACGCAGUACAUCUGUAUCCGUGGGGUGCAUUCAUUAUCUGCAAAGUCCUCAUCUCUAACAGUGACCGUUGUACUGAAUAUUCGGAAAUUGAUCUCGUUGAUUCUCUCAGUGUAUCUGUUUGGGAACGUCUUAGUGGGCGGCGUGUUAGUGGGGGCUGUACUGGUAUUCGUUGGAGGGGGAUUGUAUGGCUAUGAGGGAGCGAGAUUGAGAAGGGGGGCCCAGGCGAGAGUGAAAAGAGAGUAA